ACGUGAACUCAACGUGACGUCAUCACGAUGCGUCACACGUCCGCCGAAUGUGUGCGGAAGAAGUUUGGUAAAUCAUUGUUGGUUUAAGCAAACUUCUUCGACCUUUGCGUCCUCUGACUGGAGAAAAUAGAAAAGUAAGAAGCCAUGGAUUACAUUUUAGUAAAAAAAACAAAAAAGAUAAAUGUGUAUAAUUAGAUAUUUGGUGUUUGUGAAAGGACAACAGCCGACUUGCUGCUUCAGAACACUCACACCUGCAGACGAGUGUCCGCCAUGUCUCAGGCCGCCCCGGCCAUAAUGUCUGUCAGUCCCACCCGGGCCCUAGUGGAUGAGGCGUUCAAGGUGCUGGUGGAGAAUCUGCCUUCAGGAGCUUUUGUGACCCUGCGCUCCCUCCACCAAUCAGAGGACAAAGACUACUGGGAGGCUUACGGCCACUACGUCAGCGACCCCACGGGAGCGGUGUCUGUCACAGACGAUUUAAGCCUCGGAGGGACUUACCAAGGAAAAGAAGCCAUGGGUCUGCUGUGGAGCAUGCGGCCUGUUCCUGGCAGCCGUACGGGCCUCAGGCUGCGGAAGUUGAACGUGUGCAGCCCCAUGCUGGUCACCAUCUCCGUCUACAGUGGCCAUGUUAGCGAGGAUUUCAGCCAGCAGCCCCCUCUGGCCACCGUGCUCACGGAGCGAUGGUACAUGGCGCCGGGGGUCUGCCGGCUCGACAUCAAGGACAGAGGGGUACGAGGGACCCUCUUCAUUCCUCCAGGUCCAGGACCCUUCCCGGGGAUGCUGGACAUGUGGGGAGGCGGCGGGGGGCUUCUGGAGUAUCGCUCGGCCUUGUUGGCGUCGCACGGUUAUGUCUCUUUGGCGUUGGAGUAUUUUGCCCCCGGCCAGCUGGCGUCCACUGACUUGGAGGCGGAAUACUUUGAAAAGGCCUUUGAAAUGGUCAGGCAGCAUCCCGCAGUCAUCCCAGACAAGGUUGGAAUUCUGGGCCUCUCCCUCGGCACUACAGUCGCCAUGUAUUUGGCGUCAGAGAGCACUGUCGUCAAGCAGCCAACGUGUUGCGUUUGCAUCAGUGGCAGCCAUUUUUACCCACGAGGCAAAUCCCUGAGUGGAGUCCACGGAGACGUUCGAAAGAUCCGCAUGGAUGAGAACCAGAAUCUGAUCUGGCGAGACCUCCUAGAAGUCUCCAGCGACCUCUCAGGGAAAAUGGACGUUAGGAGAAUUAAUUGUCCAAUCUUGUUGGUCAACGGCCUCGAUGACCAGAACCAACCCACUGUGGAGUUUGCUGAGGAUAUUUUCCAGAUGAUGCGUUCGGUAGGGAAAGACCAACUCUUGACGCGUCUAGAGUACCCUGGCACGGGACACCUGAUCGAGCCGCCAUAUUCGCCUCACUUUCGAGCGACCAACUUCAUGUGGGACAGCAAAAAGGCCAAAGUGACCCUGCUGUGGGGCGGACAAACCAAGGAGCACUCACACGCUCAGGAGGACUCGUGGAGGAAGAUUUUGGCUUUUCUCCAGCAGCAUCUGUACUCCAGACAGAGUCCAAGAGCCAGGAUGUGAAGCGGAGCCCCACCAUGAUGUGUGGGACCGCCAGAUUGUGGACUCUUCUUUCUCACUACGAUCAUGGACACCAUCUUGUUGUCUAGCUGUGGACACAUCAGUUUGCUUCGAUCACAACGCCCAAGUGUGUUUAACAGCUAAGUAGUCACACAACUACACUGUUUUUUUUUACAUUUCAUACUCCAACACUCCAAAAACAAUAAUUUGCAAAUAUAUUAGAAAAAAGGUGUGCCUAAAUAGUCACAGCAUUUUUCCUUCCAUAAACUCAGCACAAUCUUGGGGGAAUUUGACUUAUUCCGCAUUUUUGCAUCCCUCCAGAGAUGUUCAAGUCUUGGCUCGGGCAGGUCCAUUCAAAAACAUUUACAAAGUUGCCAUAGCAACGUUGUCCUGCUGAGCGGUGAAGCGUCGCCCCAGCCUGAGGCAAAGGCUUUCAUACAGGAUGCGUCUGGACAUUCAUUUUUUUAAUCUAUAAUCUCUCUUGUUUUUCCAAACCAUGCACCAAUCAAUACAAUACAAAAGCAAACAUAAACAUAAGAAGCCUCUAAAGGAUGAUCAGUGAACACAGGAAGUACCUAAGCUCCAUUUUGUUCCAAAUAUUUUGAAUACUUAUGUGAGUGUUGCGUGUAGAAAAUUAAUUCCUCUGGUGAAAACUUUCCAAUGCAGCCGACUACUGCAAUAGUUAGCAUUAGCAUUGCAAAAACAACUGCAACUCAUUGAACUGUUUUAUUGCUCUGACCUUUAAAAAUGUUUUACCUGGUAAGUAUUCUUUACCACAAAUUGAUUGGGUGUAAUGAUUAGGUUUGUGGUCACAUGCAAGUUGCUAGAACAUAAACUUUAGCUACCUCGCGCUUCAAUCACAGUGUUUUAAAUGACUUAAAUACGUAUUUAUAUUAAUGUCAGCCUUAUCUUAUAAUGCACUUUUGAAAAUAAAAAUGACAUGUUUGUUAUUACUUCAAACUGAAGCUGCAGCUAUCAAUCAUUUUAGUAAUUUGUGUCGAUUUGUUUGUUAGAUUAAUUGAAAAAAGACUUGAUAGCCUCAGUGUCUAUUUUAGAGUAACUAGUUAAAACGACCAUUUAUGCACAUCACCAACACUGAAAUGACCCUUUUCAAUUUUUAUUAUUUACUUUCAAAUUAAUCGAAGCAACAGAAUAUAAAUUGGAGCUUUUUUCUGAUCAAAUGAAUCGAUUUAAUCCCUGCAGUCCUACUUCAAACUUAUGUUGCUGUCCAAGUGUUUUCAAAGGGGAACUGCACUUUUCACCAGUCGUUCACAAUCAUUAUUAAAAAGACAUUUUAAUGCAUUCUAAAUAUUACAUAAACGUAAAUAAAAGUCCGCUCACAGCGGAGCCAAUGAGAGAGCCUAUUUCGGCCAUAAAAUCCAAUAAAUAACCAUUCAAAAAGUGCCAACAUUACUCCAUUUAUACAUUUUGUGACUUGAAUAUUAACCAAGUAUUAGUGAUAUUGUUCUUCUAAGCGCUGAUGUAGACAAACUAUUUAUAGCGGCACUGGAAUCGCAAGCUUGUGUGCUAAUGUUUACAUCAUCCAGUGGUCUGCUGCUUUCUUGCUCCCUGUAAGUUUAUUCUAGAUCAUAAACCAUGACUCUCACCUGGACAAAAGAUGCCUGAGUAGGUAUUCUGACAAGUUGGUACACUUUGAGAGCCAUUUAGGACCCGAAACUGGCGAUUACGACACAAAAGGACACUUUGUCCUCCCACCCCUUUUCUACGUGAGGAUUAUGAGUCAUUUUUACCUAGAUGGGAGUAUAUGAACAUCCCAGCAGUCGGUUUUCUAAUGAAAGCAGACCUUGAACAGUAAGUGAAGUUGUAUUAUUUUUGUUGGCUCUCAUAAAGUCUGCAGUGAGUAAUAAUCAGUAAUGAAGAAAAAAAACAUUAUAUUGCGUUUGUUGAAAUUAAUGUGCUGUAUAUGCUUAAAAUGAUCAAAUAACGUAAAUAUUAUAUUGUAUUAUAAAUGUACUCAUUACGUCUUUACAUAUAUUCUUAUAUUAUGUUUAUAAAACCUCAAUGGAGCUGUUUGGAUGUUUUUUCUAAGACUUUGUAGGUCGAAUUGUGCUUUCAAUUGGCGGCUCCCAUUGGCUCCUUUUUAAGCUGACUUUUGAUCGCAUUUAUAUAAUAUUUAGAAUGCAAAAAAACAUCCAUCGUCAUAAUGUUUGUAAACAAUAGGCAAAUAAAAAAUAAAAAAAAAGGUCAGUUCCCUUUCAAAGAAUGAACGUAUUUCUGCUCAAAACUGUGCUCAUCUGUGGAUGGAUAGAAA